CACGCCUCAAGGGAAUCCGGGUCGGAAUUAGGGUUCAGGUGGGGAGCAGACGCGGGAAGAAGCACUAGCGGUGGAGGAAGAGUCCAGAGAGUUUAAACCCGGGAGGAGGGGCGCAGCGUCUUGGGGCCGAUUUUGCCCUGUGCGUCCAGCGCACGGCUCGGCGCCUUCAGAGCCCGGAGCGGCGCCUUCAGAGCCCGGACCGCGGCGUCCUCUCGGAGGGGGCGCAGUGGCCCCAGGCACCCGCCCCUCGCCCAGCAGCGUCGAGGAAGGGUCUCAGGUCAAGGACGGGGAUCUGCGGCCAUGGCCGAGGCCGCGGAGCCGGAAGGGGGCGCCCCGGGUGCCCAGGGACUGCCCGAGGGUCCGGCGCUUCUCGGGGAGAGACUAGGCGAUCCGGGGGCCGCAGGCCCGAAGGAGGAGCGGGAGGAGGCCAGCGAGGGCGCCGCGGAGGCGCCGAGGGGCGAGCGGGCGGGCGCAGCCGCGACGGCCGCGGUGAAGGAGGGAGAGGGAGCGGGGCCGCACGGAGAGCACGCGGGUGAGCUGGCGCCGGGCGCGGGAGGUGACCCGGGGGCCGAGACGCGGGGCGCGAGGGGAGCGCAGGGCGAGGCAGAGGCCGAGGAGGGUGUCCCGGAGGGCACCGAGGCCCCUCAGGGAGGGGAAGAAGCGAGCGGCGCGGAGCAGGUGGCGGAGGCGAGCCCCGGGCGCGGCGCGCAGGGCGAGGGCCCGGAGGAGGCUCAGGGGGAGCCCGGGGACCCCGUGGCCCCAGAGGCGGAGGAGGAGGCGGAGCGCGGGCCGGAGGAGCCGGGAGGCAGUGCGCCCGGAGCUCCGGUGGACAGCAUGGACGCCGAGGGGCCGGUACCGGACAGGAUGGACGCCGAGGGGCGGGCGGGAAGGGCGCACGGGGCUGAGGGUGAGCCCCGGGAGGGAAGGGACAGCAGCCCACAGCCCCAGGCCGAGGCGAUUGAGGCCGCAGCGGCGGAAAGCGAGGAGUGCAGCCCCGGGGAGCUUGCGGCGGAGCCUCGGGGUGCAGCGGCCGGGGCCGCGGAGGAGGCGGGGGCCCCGGAGGGAGCGGAGUCGGAGGAAACGCCCCCCGGGGACGGGAGGGCAGACGCCGGCGAGGACGGGGACCAGGGUGGGCUCCAGGAGGAGAUGGAGGAGGCAGAGGAGGAGAGGCGAGAGCGGGGCCCGGAGGGGCCAGGAGAGGAUGCUGCAGCCCGGGGCGAGAAGGAGCCCCCCGAGGGCAGCGCGGAUGGCGAGGCGGCCACGCCGGAGGGGUCCGCGGAGCCGGAGCCCGAGCUCAGCAACCACCUGGCGGAGGAGGGCAGCGCAGAGGGCGGCGACGAGACGGCGCGGGUGAACGGUGGCGGGGAGGACGGCGAGGCGUCGGAGGAGGGGGCCCCGGGGCAGGAGCACGACAUCACCCUCUUCGUGAAGGCUGGUUGUGAUGGUGAGAGUAUUGGAAAUUGCCCAUUUUCUCAGCGUCUCUUUAUGAUUCUCUGGCUAAAGGGCGUUAUAUUUAAUGUGACAACAGUGGACUUGAAAAGGAAACCCGCGGACCUGCAGAACCUGGCGCCCGGAACAAACCCUCCUUUUAUGACUUUUGAUGGAGAAGUCAAGACGGAUGUGAAUAAGAUCGAGGAGUUCUUAGAGGAGAAAUUAGCUCCCCCAAGGUACCCUAAGCUGGGAACCCAACACCCUGACUCUAACUCUGCGGGAAACGAUGUGUUUGCCAAAUUCUCAGCGUUUAUAAAAAACACCAAGAAGGAUGCACAUGAGAUUUAUGAAAAGAACCUGUUAAAGUCCCUGAGGAAGCUGGAUAAUUACUUAAAUAGCCCUCUGCCUGAGGAAAUAGAUGCCUACAGCACUGAGGAAGUUGCUGUUUCUGGAAGGAAGUUCCUGGAUGGAGAUGAGCUCACGCUCGCCGACUGUAACCUCUUACCCAAGCUCCAUAUUAUUAAGAUCGUGGCCAAGAGAUACAGAGAUUUUGAAUUUCCUUCUGAAAUGACUGGCAUCUGGAGAUACUUGAACAAUGCUUAUGCUAGGGAUGAGUUCACAAAUACGUGUCCGGCUGACCAGGAGAUCGAGCAUGCCUAUUCAGAUGUUGCAAAAAGAAUGAAGUGAAGCCGGGGUAUUUUCUGUCUUACGUCUCAGUUGUAUGAGCUAGGCUAUGAAAAGAACGUGUUCUUUGCAUCCUCCCCCCGUCGAUAACCAUCCUUUGCAAAAUAAUGCCUAUAUUUUAACAAUAUCCAUAUCAGAGCAUGAUCCACUCAACACCAAAUCAUACGUGGGCUUGUAAUUUGUCAACUCACUUGUGUAUCUGAAUAAUCCCAGUAUCUGUUGUUAUACACACCAAUUGUCCGGUUUAUGUUAAUUUAUGUCUUUGACCUUCAUUGACAUUGUGAUCCGUGAUAUUUAGAGCAUGUGUUUUGCAGUUUGUUUCAAAGCAAAUUAAGUUUGGGUUCAAUGCCUCCUUCAGUUUAAAAAAAUUUGUCUAUCUCUGAUAGUUUUCAUAAUCAUGUAUAGCCUGUUUUUCUCCUCUAAAAUGGUAGUUUAAUUUUUUUCAGAAUGAAAAUACUGUUUUUGGAAUUACAAAAUGAUAUAUGCCUAUUUUAAUAUUUUAAAACAAUGUCAGAGAGUAUAAAGAAGAAAGAAAAAAGUCAACUAAAAUGUCACUACGCUUAGAUAACUACUGGUAACAUAUUGGUGAGCGUCUUCCAGAUCUUUAGUCUCUCUCUCUCACACACACAUUCACACCACACACGAUUUGAUUCCUAUGUGGUCUUGUGUUACUUUAUUUUAAGUAAAGGGGAGCUCUUGGGAAUGCACCGAUGAUCACCCAUAGAGGACCUAAAACAAAAAGAUUUGGCACUUCAGAGCUAGAGAGGAUGCUUGUGAUCAGGUUUCAUAGGGAUGGAGAACUGUCGAGUCCACAGACCGGCAGGGACCGGCAGGGACCAGCAGCGACCGGAAGCUGUGGAGGGUCCCCACUCUGCCUUGUUACAGCCUCUGUGACACCACUGCCUCUGGUUCCUGGGAAGGCAACGGGGGAGAGUGCCAAUCUGUGUCUUUUAUUCCAGCUCCCUUUCUGAUGCCUUCUCUUGCUCCCUCCGCUCUCACGGAGACCGUGCCCUCAGGAGAACUCUUAAUAUCAGCUGCAGGUUGGAGAAUCUCCCUGCCCUGUGUUGAAAUGUGAAUCAAGCACAACUUGAUUCCUUCUAACAGCCGCUCGCUAAGACCCAACACUGCACUUCUUCAGGAUGAUGUAGUGUGGGGCUAGCCUGGUUCUUGUUGCUUCUGUCUUUUAUCAUCUCAUUUCGAGGUCAGGCAGGGAAAAUCCAGGGAGAUUAAAUUCAUGGUGACUAUUCUUGGGCAGUUCUGGUAAACGGUCAAAUUGGAGAGGAAGUGGAAACUAUUGACUCAAAAGAGUUUUCUGGUUUAUCUGUGGCUUCCCCUCCACCAUACCUGUAGCCAGCCUCUCAUCAACAGCUGUGUGUGUGGGCUGGGUUGCUGGGCUCCAACUCAAGGCAUGGAAGACAAAAUGGGAGGCUGUUUAGAUACUCAUCAAGACCUCACAGGGUUGGAGCAUUAACUACCAGGCUGUGUUCCUUUGACAUUUACACUCAUCUUACAGAAAACCCUCUUGUCAAGUUGGUUGUAGUGUAUGGCUGAUGCUAAACUGCUCAUUAAAAAAAAAAGUAUAAUCUGCUCUAUGGCAAUUCAUUUGAAAGAGAGUAAAAUGCAUUAACAGUAACUGUUCUGGGAUUUAGUGAAAAAUAUCUAGUAAGAGAAACAAAGUCCUUAAUACUGUGGCCACUUUCUUUCUCCAUUACUGGCUGCUACACUUUUACCUGGAGGCGGGCGGCUCCAGCAA